AUGUGUGUUCGUUACAAACACAAUUGUGCAACAUCAAGUCCAUUUAUGAUGAAUGAAAAAUAUAGAACACUUUUACCUAUGAAUGAUAAAGAACGACCAGUAAUUUAUGUAGAAAUAUCAGCAACUAAUUUUGAUGGUUUAAGAGUUAUUUUUGGCGAUUAUAAAAUUGAUGAUGCACCUCUUCUUGUUGUUAAUUGUUUAAAAAAUGAUUCUGUUUCGUUUUCUUCAAUUAAUAAUGUACGAACACAAAUUUUACCACCACAAAAUUAUGUUUAUUAUGCAUGGUUAGAUCCAUCAAAAUCAAAAGAAUUAGUUAUUUCAUGUGGUUUGAAGAAAACAAAAUUGGAACUAACGUCUCAAUGUGGUUUUCUUGGAAAAGAUGGUGAUUGUAAUCUGAGUUAUACUAUAUUUGUUGUUGGUGCUCAUACUAUUUUACUCGUUGCUGAUGAUCGAGAAAUUAUUGAAGCAGCUUCUGCAAUGUCAUCAUUAGCUCAAUCAGGUCAACCUGCUCAAAUUGGUUUUCAUGAUAAUGGAUUAUCACUUGUUAAUUCUAUAACUGAAGAAGAAAUGCUUUAUAUAAGUUUAAAUAAAUCCAAAGUUAUUCGAACCGAAACAAGAACAUGUUUUCUUCGACCAUAUAUUGCUCAUGAAGCUAUGAGCUUUUUCAUUUUAAAUAAAUUGAAAGAAAGAAAAUAUGCGAAAUCAGAUACUUAUAUUGCACAUAUAACUUGUUCAGAAAAUCCACCAUCUCGGUUAAUGGCUACAUCAAAACGUUUAUUAUUUGUAACUGAAAUCUCAUUUUUUGAUUUAUAUGAAAUUGAUUGGCAAAUUGAAUAUGAAAAUUUAAAAGAAGAACCAGCUAUAAAACCAAAUUUAGAUGAAAUACAAAUUCUUAUAAAAGAAUCAAACAAAAUUGGAACAUUUGAUUUAACACGUUCUUAUGAUAAAAUGAUCAAAUAUCGAAAUAUAUGUGAAGCUCGAUAUAUUACCGAUAAAAUAACGAAUGCCAUGCAUGCAGUCAGUCUUUCAAAAUUUUAUUCUACUGCUUAA